UUAAUACAAAAUUGCAUAGGAAUGGUACAUUUAGUGUUCCUUUAGACUUCGGUGAGUGAAACUCGAGUUGCGUAAAGAACUUUGGAAAAAUGCCGCGCCCGAGGAAUACAAUGUUGGACACGUUAGUGGAGAGAACUGAAGGGAAUCAAGUUUUUUGUAGAAAAGGCAAUUGUAAUGGGAAACGACUCAAUGCACACUCAGGCAAUAUCGAAAGGCACUUGAAAAUGGUUCAUCCGGAUAUAUACGCUACGUAUAUUCAACAGAAGAUGGCAAUGCAAAGGAAAAGGGCUUCUACCAGCUCCACCGCCACCACGAGUACCAGAAACAGCAACAGCAACAGCAACAAUAUUGUGAAUGUGACAGUGCCCAAAUGUAAGCCGCGAGUAACCAACAUUGAGUUGGCAAUUGUGGAACUUUUUACGAAGUGCAAACAGCCGCUCAAUAUACUAGAAGAACGCGCCUUCCAAAUAAUAGCGGGACCGGCUUUCCAGUCGCUAGGCAUUGGCGUAAAUAGGCAGAGUGUGUUGGAUUUAAUAACUUCGUGCUCUCAAAAGUUGAAAACAGAAUUAAUUGAUGAUCUGAGUGGUAACUUAUUUUCGUUGAAAAUCGAUAUAGCAACUAAGCACGAUAUAACGCUACUCGGUAUUAAUGUACAGUACAUUAAAGAUAGAAACAUAAAUUUGAAAUCGUUAGCCAUAAUGCGGCGGUAUUUUUAGAUCCUCGCAUACGCGUUUGCUUGGAUACUACGCAAAAAACGCGCGCUAAACAAUACAUAACUACGCUACAUAAUCGUAUGGGUUCCUUGAAAGGUGAAUCGACUAACUCUGAAGCUAAUGAAAGUUUUCUGGUAGAGCUUGCUGUAGAAGAGCAGCCGUCUACGAGCAACAGUGGCACUUCUGCUACGGCCAAGUCCUUCUGCGAGUUUUUACAAUAUUUAGAUACCGAUUCAUCAUCAACACCACACUCCUAUUUAGAAACCGAUAUUGCCAUGUACGAACGACAACCCAGGUUACCACUUAGUUCGAAUAUAAUCGAUUUUUGGUAUUAUCAACAUAAUACUCUGGCGGAUAUAGCACGCAUAAUACUAGCUAUACCAUGCACAGAAGUCAGUAUUGGAUCUUUGUCAUCUGCUGUGGAUUAUAUUUUAUCGGAUAAGCAUAAUAGAUUAAGCGCUUCUAAUAUAGAUCAUAUAUUAAGGGUUAAAGCAAAUGGUACUUUCAACUAUGAAGAGUGAAGUGAAAUACAUUACCGCAAUACCGCAUAAUAAUUAAUUAAAAUACGGCUAAAUAAGUAGUUGAUUAAAAA